ACUUAAUUUAAGCAGAAAGUUCUCCAAAAAUAGGCCCAUAUAUUUCAUAGGACGCCAUCGGAGAGCAACAGUAAUGCAAAUGGAAACAAAGCAACACUUUGUCUAACAAUUUCAUAGUCAAAAACAAAGAGCCGCCUGCGGUAGACACAGACACAUACGCACACCAGCUCCCGGAAAAUUAUUUCUGACCAUAAACGGACGCGAAUUAGCCUAAACGCAUUGAGCAACAACAAUUGAGCACCUGGUGAUAUUGCGGAGAUAAGCCUUUGUCAUUAUACGUGUAGCUACCACGCACAGAUUUGGCUGACGUGUGUUUUUUUUCGAUUGCGGUUUUUGGUCAAUCACAACUGGCUCACACGCCCACAUAACGGGCACACACGCCCACAAAACACACACAGCAAAAACAGUCAAAAUUUUGUAAAGACAUGGCUGUGCUAUUAAAUGAUUUGCUGCCAUUUGGAGGUGGCGAAAAAAAACUAGCGGCCUGUGUUUUAUUGCUGCUUCUGGAGCUAUUUUUUGAAGGCGCCGAGGCGGUACCCAAUCAGGCCGAUAUUGAGAAUCACUUGGAGCUGGGAAAAGAAUUUCUGGCACGUGGACAGCUAUCGGAUGCGCUAACACAUUACCAUGCCGCUGUUGAGGGCGAUCCGAACAGCUAUUUGACGCUCUUCAAGCGCGGCACUGUCUAUCUGGCAUUGGGCAAGACGCGCUUUGCCAUUCUGGAUUUCAGUCGAGUACUGGAACUAAAACCAGAUUUCACAGCUGCGCGCACCCAACGUGGUGUGGUGUACAUGAAGAGUGGGGACUAUAAACUGGCCAUGUCAGACUUCGAACAAGUGUUGCAAGAGGAGCCCAAUAAUGGUGUUGUCUAUGAGCAUUUCUCUCGUAUUAAGCCCGCUGCUGAUCAAUGGGAUUUAGUGCAGGAUUUAAUUAGACGUGAGGAUCAUCAGAAUGCCAUUGCAAUGCUUACACAGCUACUGGAAGUUUCACCUUGGAGCACAACCUUUAGACAAGCACGCUCGGAUGCAUACAUUGCAGUGAAUGAUCCGUUGGCUGCCAUUGCGGACCUGCGGCAGGUGAAUCGUCUGUCACAGGACAGUACGGAAGGACACUACAACAUUGCUCAGCUGCUUUAUGGUAUUGGCCACGCGACCAAUGCGCUAAAAGAAAUACGGGAGUGUUUAAAAUUCGAUCCCGAACACAAACUCUGCUUCCCAUUCUACAAAAAGCUGCGCAAAGUAGAGAAACAAUUGGUGACGGCCGAGGAAUCCCGAGCACAGAAAAAUUUUGCUGAUUGUGUCGCCGCUGGUGAGGCGGUACUGAAGCACGAAAAAGAGGAGCCAAUGAUACGAUAUGAAGCGCACAAGGCUCUGUGCGCUUGUUACACUGGCGAGGAGGAGUUCGGCAAGGCUCUCUCGCAGUGCAAACAGGCGCUCGACAUUCUCAAGGAUGCGCAAGUUUACUGUGAUCGUGCCGAGGCGCUUCUGGGCUCUGAAAUGUAUGACGAUGCCAUACACGACUUCCAAGCUGCUCUUGACAUGGACGAAACAAAUGCACGCGCCAAGGAGGGCAUACAGAAGGCAAAAAGACUGCAAAAGCAAGCAGAGCGUAGGGAUUAUUAUAAGAUAUUAGGGGUUAAGCGCAAUGCGAGCAAAAAGGAGAUUGUUAAAGCAUAUCGUAAGGCAGCACAAAAAUGGCACCCCGAUAACUUUAAGGACGAGGAGAAAAAGGUGGCGGAGAAGAAAUUUAUUGACAUCGCAGCCGCCAAGGAGGUGCUCACAGAUCCAGAGAAGCGCCGGCAAUUCGACAAUGGAGAAGAUCCCCUGGAUCCAGAGAGCAAUCAGCAUGGCUUCCGUGGCGAACACCCAUUUGCGCACUUCCAUCAUGGGUCACCGUUCCAGUUCAAGUUCCAUUUCAAUUAAUAGCUUUGUUGCCAUUGUUGUAAAAUUUUUGUUGUGAUUCAACUCAGUAAAUUAAUAAGACAUAAAGCUCUCAUGUCCUACCAAGUC